AUGCCUCCUCCCCCCGCUACAGUUGACGCUCAUGCGCUGAACAAUGGAACGCCCGCCGCGCCAUUGACCGUUGAGGGCGUCCCCGCUCAGCGAGCGAAGACUCAGAUGCCUACCGGCGUCGCUGCCUUUUCCAGUAGUGAUAUGUUCAAGAGUUCGGCCUGCUUCGGUAAACCGAAAGCGAAGCGCUUUGAUCACCUUCUAUCCACUGAAAGCAAAGGCCGACAGGCCUCGUCGCUGAAACAAGCUGCCCAAUACCUAAAGACACCAGGCCUUAUUUCAUUGGGGGGGGGCCUUCCAUCAUGCGAAUACUUCCCCUUCGAAUCCAUCUCCAUGAAAGUUCCGACCCCGCCACAUUUCUCAGAGAAGGAUACGGUGAAAUCAGGAAAGGUUGUCACUGCUGGAAAAUACGAUAUAAGGAAUGGAAAGAGCGAAUAUGAUUUGGAGAUCGCUCUGAACUAUGGCCAGUCGCAUGGCGCAGCGCAGCUGUUGCGGUUUGUGACCGAGCAUACUGAGAUCGCUCAUAACCCUCCGUACGCCGACUGGCACUGCUGUCUAACCGCGGGAAGCACCUCAGCUUGGGACAUGGCAUUGCGCAUGUUCUGUGAGCGGGGGGACUACAUCAUCACGGAGGAGUACACAUUCGCCACAGCCCUCGAGGCAGCAGCACCGUUGGGUAUCCGCGCGGCGGCCGCCAAGAUGGAUGACCAAGGCCUCCUCCCCGAAUCUCUCGACGAGCUGAUGAGCAACUGGGAUGCGGAUGCCCGGGGCGCACGCAAGCCCCACCUGCUCUACAUCGUGCCAUCAGGCCAGAACCCGACUGGCUCGACGCACGGCGCCGAGCGGAGAAGGGAGAUCUACAGGGUGGCGCAGAAACAUGAUAUCUACAUCGUUGAGGACGAGCCGUACUAUUUCCUUCAAAUGCAGCCGUACAAGGGCGCGGGGACCCCGCCCGAUCCGCCCCCAGCGUCCCAUGAAGAAUUCUUGAAGUCCUUGAUCCCGUCUUAUGUGAGCAUGGAUGUGGACGGGCGCGUGCUGCGGCUGGAAUCGUUCUCCAAGGUCAUCUCUCCUGGAUCCAGGACGGGCUGGAUCGUCGGCUCCGAACAGAUUAUCGAUCGCUAUAGUCGGCAUUCCGAAGUAAGCACUCAGAACCCGAGUGGCAUGGCGCAGAUGAUCCUCUUCAAGCUCCUGGAUGAGAGUUGGGGCCACAAGGGGUAUUUGGAGUGGUUGGUAAAUAUUCGCAUGGCGUACACGGCGCGGAGGAAUAGUAUGUUGGAAGCGUGCGAAAAGUAUCUUCCGAAAACCGUGGCUAGUUGGAAUCCCCCCGCUGCGGGGAUGUUUCACUGGAUUAAGGUGGACUGGCAUAAGCACCCAGGUUUCCGCGAAGGCAAAGACCACGCCGCUAUCGAGCAAUCCAUCUUCAAAGCCGCCAUCGCGGAAGGUGCGCUUGUCUCCUGCGGCAGCUGGUUUGUAGCAGAUCGUUCCAUUCCCGAGACGGACAUGUUCUUCAGAGCCACAUACGCUGCGGCCCCUGGCGACAAGAUCGAAGAAGCCAUCAGGCGGAUCGGUGUUGCGUUGAGGGCUGAGUUUCAGUUGGAAUAA